AUGCCGGGCCAGGCGGCGGCUGGAAGGAGAAGCCACGCUUCGGCAGGCGCGGGGCUCCGCGAGGGCUUCCCAGCCCCUUCCCGGAGGCGAGCGGGCGCGUGUCCUGCGGGGGGGAGGGCUGCGUGUGGUGUCCCGGGGGCAUGUCGGUGGAGCAGCGGCCCAGAGCGGCUGGACCAGGGCCUGGCGCGCUCUCAUCUCGUGCACCGCUUCGUGGGGCGCCGAGACCACUCUGUCCGCGAAGCCGCCGGUCUGGAGGCGGCCGACCCCAAGCCCAGAGCUGCGUGGUCUCGGGCAGAGGCCCCAAGGAGCCUCAAGUCCAGGCUGCGGCUGUCUCGUGGGGCCAAGGCUUGGCAGAGGCUUUCUCGGUUCAAGCCCUCGGUCCUCCGCGGGGCCCUGGGAGGACAGGCCUUGCACCUGAGGUCCUGGCUCUUGUCAGAGUAGGGCCCUGCAGAGACAGGUGAGCAGGACCAGCCCCGGGGCCCCGGGGUUCCAAACAGGCUGCUCAUCACAGCCCUGCUUGGGGCAGGGCUGGGCGUAGCCUGGCUGGUCAUGAGGACUGAGAAGGAGCAGUGGUGGCGGCAAAGGGGAAUCGAGGCCAUGCGCCAGGCAGCUGCGGGCCAGGGCGACUUCAGCCUGCUGGGCCACCACGGCCGGGCUCGCCGCAAGGCCGACUUCCAGGACCAGUGGGUGCUGAUGUACUUCGACUUCACCCACUGCCCCGACGUCUGCCCGGACACGCUGGAGAAGCUGGUGCGGCUGGCGCAGUCGCUGAACGCCGAGCCCAGCCUGCUUCCCUGGCAGCUCGUCACUAUGGACCCUGAGAGUGAUGACGUCACAGCCAUGGCCCGAUCCGUCCAGGACCUCCACCGCCAGUUGCUGGGCCUGGCGGGAUCCCCUGAGCAGGUCGCCCAGGCCAGCCUCAGCUACCGCGUGUACUACCAGGCCGUCCCCAAGAACGAGGACCAGGACUACAUCGUGGACCACUCUAUUGUCCUCUACCUGCACAGCCCCGACAGCCUCUUCACAGAUUACUGA